AUGAUAUCUACAUUACCCUGGACAUAUUGGUUUCUGUUAUUUCUAGCAGUGUUAACAGUGGUACGAUCACCGUUUGUAGAGGCAAAUAAGAAGCAUGUCAAUGAUCGGAUGCGGGUAGUGUGUUCUGGUAUGUAUUCCAAAGAAGCUAGAGGAGGAAAAGUUGAUCCAUUCAUUGGAUUUGAUUUAGAGAAAUUAUAUCCAACACAACACGACUAUGAGCCUGGUGUCAUUGCUGUAAUAUAUGAUUUUAGGGACUACCAACAUAUUGGUAUUGAAUUACCCAAUGGUGAAGUACAAUAUGUGUGCGAUGAAUACUCGAUUGGCAAAGGUCUCUGUAAAGAAAGUCAAUUGAAUCAUUUCAUUAUUCAAGAUGUAAUAUAUGAUCCGUUUUCGGACUCCACUAAGGGCUUGAGCAAUGAAGUUCUAACAUUUUCGCAUAAUUACUUGGGGAAACACCAAUCGGUGUAUCCUGUUAUGAAGACCGGGUAUUAUUGUGUUAGAACAGCUACUAUAUCAUCAUCAAUCAGAUUUGAUGUGGCAAUUAAUUUCAGAAAUGCCUUUGGUAAAAUAGAUGCAGCUGAGAUUGAUAAUAUUAGACUAUAUGGCUGGCUCUCCUUGGGAUACCUGGUGAGUAUGUCUAUGUACUUUUUCCAGCUCUGGAAAAACAAGGAUGACUUAUUACCGCUACAUCGAUAUAUUAUGAUUUUCUUCUCUUUUCUAACCAUAGAAACUGUGUCAAUUUGGAUAUAUUAUCUGUUAAAGAAUGAAAAAGGUAAUAUAACUCCAACAAAAGUGUACAUGGUGUUUAUUUCACUAAUGAGUGCCGGAAAAGCUUCUUUUACAUACUUCCUUCUUCUGAUCAUUGCAUUGGGAUACGGCAUCGUUUAUGCGCGUUUGAAUAAAACAUUAGUCAACCGCUGUCGAGCAUUUGCAAUUUUGAAUUUUUUCUUAUACUCUGCCUACCUAAUACAAAGUUAUGCCCAAAACCCAGAGUCGACCUCAAUCACAAUUUUAAUCACCGCAGUGCCGACUGUUUUACUAAUGUUUGUAUUUUUUUUCCUAAUUCUAAGGGCGAUUACAAAAACAACUUCAUAUUUGAAAGGUCAGAGACAGACGUAUAAACUAUCUGUCUAUAAUAGAUUACUAAUUGUGAUCUAUGCAACAUUAGUGUGCAUAUUUAUUGGUCUGAUUUUAUGUGCAUUUGCCUACCUAGGUAUGAAUGCAAUCGAAAUAAUUGAGAAGCAUUGGAUGAUAAGAUUUUACUUGACUGAUUUUUGGCCAUCUUUAGUUUACUUUUUUGCUUUCAUAUCAUUUGCAUAUAUAUGGAGACCUACGGGUACAACAUUCAUGUUAACCACUUCACAGCAGCAGCCGGAGGAGCUCGAGAACGUUAUGGGACUGGAAAUGGAUGAUUUGGACGAAUUCAGUGAUGAAUUUGACAUGGAUGAUUAUGCUGAAUCAGAAACAUCGGAGCAUCGUGUUCAUGGUAUUAAUGAGGCUGAAAGGCAAAACAUUGAUGACAUUUUUGCUAAUAAUGAGCCAAAUAUGGAUGAUGUAUUUAGCGAUCAAAACGAGCUUCAGGAUACGGAUGUAAUCUCUAAUUUCUCCGGUCACAAUUCAGAUGAAGAUUUGGUUCCCAACGCAUCAAAUACCAAACAAUCUAUUAAUGAUAUUGCUAACCCAAAAACUCGGAAAUGA